AUGGAAAACCAAAAAGACAGGGUGAAACUUAAUGUUGGUGGCAGAAUAUUCGAAACUACGGCCACAACCUUAGCUUCCGCUGGUAGGAAUUCAUUCUUUGGAGCCAUGUUUGAUGAGAAUUGGAACCUGCAUUCUAAUGCCACAACCAAUGAAUACUUCAUUGAUAGAGACCCUGAUUAUUUUGCCGUCAUUCUUAACUUACUCAGAACAGGUGAGCUCUAUAUUCCUCCCAAAAUCGAUAAGAAAUUCCUAUACAGAGAGGCUCUAUAUUAUGGUCUCUUGGAUCAUGUUCGGUCUGCUGAGUGCGAUCCGUUUGAUGGCAAUAGGCUUCGGUUGGCACAGUCCAUAACAGGCCGGCCAGUAGGGGAUGGUGCGGGCACUACUCAGGCCAUUCGAGCUAGCUCAAAUGGCUGGUGCUGUGUGGCUCAGGGUAGCGUGGUUCGCGUCUACGACUGGAUGCUUCAAGAGCACCCUACAAUCAAUCUUGAUUAUCGUCGUGUGAAUGAUGUCUGUUGGGUUGAUUCUGAAAAUAUUGUAGCUAGUUUUGAUAGAAAGUCAGAUAUUGGAGGCAUAGGGUUAUUCAACGUAUCUACAGGGAAGCUGAGCUAUAAACACCAGUUUACAAAUCAAUUAAAGGAUUACACAGCAGGUACACUAUGUUUUAGCUCUGAUAACAAGUUAUCCUCCAAUUGUAAAAGCAGUAGCAAUGGGUGUAGGAUUGGUGUUUGGGACUACGUCACGGGGGAGCUAAUGAACAACAUAGAUGCGCGAACGCUUGGUGAUGUUAGCAAGCUGCAAUGGUAUGAUACCAACUGUUUGAUGAUCGCUACUACGUAUCCAUUGAAUCAAAACUGUUGCAUCGUCUUGUUCGAUAUUAGGGAGAAGGCAUUGGUUUCGUCGUGGAAUGGUUCUGCUUGGGAAGAAAGAAACCAGUAUCUCGUUAGUCGCCAACUACAGAAAUUUGUAGAUGUGAUAGUUAUAAAGAAUAGUAACUCCAUUUGUGUAGUAGAUGAUAAAGGAUGUUUGCGUUUCAUUGAUUUGAGGAAUACUGCUACUACUAGAAGUUGCUCUGAUGAAAGUUGCACACCAAUUACUGCUGUGGAUAAUAGGCCUUGCUAUCCCAAACUGGCAUUUCAUGAGGGGCAAUUGUUCUCGUCAAUGAACGAUACCAUUUCGGUUUAUAGUGGUCGUGACUGGGCUCUAACAUCACAACUUCGACAGAGUCAUGGUGGUCCAAUUUGUGAUUUUUCGAUUGGUGAUCUUCAAUAG